AAAAAGAAAACAAAAAUUCAAAUAAUGAAACGAAUACAAAUGGAUUGUGUACAAGAUUCCAAUGAAAAAGAAGAGAUAAAACAAAAAAAUGGACCCCAAUAAUGAUUAUAAUGUUCUAAAUCUUUUACUGAACAAUAAAUUUGUUCAAUUAGUUGAUUCAAACACCACAGUGGUUGAUGUUGAUGAAAAUUUAUUAUCAAAAUCUGCAAUUACAUUCAUUGAUUUGGAUGCUAAUAUUGUUACGAUUUCCUAUUCAAAUCUUAUCGAUUCUUGUCGACGUAUUUGUGAUCGAUUGAUCAAAUUUAAUUUGAAUUUGGAACCCAUACGAAUACCAGCAGAUGUUUUAAUUGAUGAUUCGAAAAAAAUUUCAAUUAAAAUUCGACCAACAUUAGUCAUUUUUGGUGAUUGUAAUGUAUGGACACCAGUGUUCAUGUUGGUUGCUAAUAUACUCAAAUUGCCAUUCUACUUUGUAUCGGAUCGAGCAACAUUAUCGAAAAAUAUCGAACAAUUCAAAUCAAUAUCACUCCUGACAAAUAUUCUGAUCACACAUCGAUAUCGAAGUCAAGAACUUCAACAAAUUUUGCAUUCCAUCGAUGAUUACAUUGUCAUCGAUAAUAUCAUCGAUGAUUUUGUUGUUUAUCUGAAUAAAUUAUCAUUCGAUAAUCAUGAUGACGAUAACAGCAAAGAAUUUCAGAUAUUAAACAUUUCCUAUCUAAUCAAUACAUCUGGUACUACGAAUCAAUGUCAAUUAUCGAAUGAUACAACAACAAAUUUAAUUGUUUCAAAUAAAACCAUUUUUGUUCCACAUGCAUCAAUUCAACGAAAUGUUCUAGAUUUUUGUGACGAAUUCAAGCUUAAUAGCGAUGAUGUCGUUCUGAUAUGUUCACCGUUUUCAUUUGAUCCAUCUAUCUGUGAUAUUUUCGUAGCAUUAUCAUCAUUUUGUCAUAUAAUCAUAACGGAUAAUUGUGUGAAGAAUGUCUGGGAAAAUUUUGCCAAAAUUAUUUUUCAAUUUAAUGUCAAUUAUAUGACAAUAACACCAUCGCUUUGGUAUCGAAUCCAAUAUUAUUUGUUCAAAAAUUUUCAAGACACAUCAUCAAUUCGACUGCGUUACGUAAAUUUUGGUGGUGAAAUAUGUCCUAAUCGUAGUCAUUUGAAAAUGUUUCAAAAUUAUCCAAUUGAAUUUCGUAAUCUUUAUGGCCUAAGCGAAAUGAGUGUCUGGGCUUCAAUGUUUAAAAUUGAUGAUGAUUCAUUGAGUUCCUCGUGUAUGGACAUUCCAAUUAUAGGUCGGCCAUUACUCAAUACUGAUGUAUAUAUGAACCAAUCGAAUGAAAUAAUAUUGGAAAGUAUCGUGAGAAAAUGUUUAAUAUUCGAAACCGAAAAAGGAUGGAGUAUGUAUUCAAAAUUGAUGACAAAUGAUUAUGGUCAAUCGAUUGAUAAUAAUCAUAAUUUUUAUUUUGAUCGAAGAAAAAGUUCUAAUAAUAAUUUCAUUAAAUUAAAUGGCAUCAAAUGUCAUUUACGUGCCAUUGAACAAUCAUUACUUUUGGAAUUUGGCCAAUCUAAUAAUGAUAGUCAUGAUUUUUUCAUUCAAAAUUGCCAUACCAAACAAGGUGAAUGGAAAGGUAAUCUUCAAUUUAUUGAUGUUAUCAUAACCAUAUGUCCAACUAAAAUUGAUGAUGAUCACUGCAAACAGAAUAAUGACAAUAUUAGACAAAAAAUUGGAUUAUUUAUUCGAAAAAAUUAUUCAAAAAUACCAUUUCGAAUACAUUUGAUUGAUUCAACAAAAAUUGUUUGUUUGAAUCAAAAUUAUAAAUUAGAUAAUAGUAAACUAAGACAAAAUUUGGAUCCAACACAAUUACCUAAUUGUUCAAAUGAUCUCAUAAGCAAUGAAAUUCAAUCGAUUAUUUCAAAUGUAUUAAAGAUGGAAAUAAAAACCGAUAAACCAUUGAAUGCUUAUGGUAUCGAUUCAAUGAUGGCAAUCGAAAUUGCAACAAGAAUUGAAGAUUUAUUUUCAUUUUAUAAUGAAAAUAUUUAUACCUCAUUAUUCAUCCAUACAAUCGAUCAAAUUGUCGAUAAUAUUGUCGGUACGCUCGAAACAACAACAUGUAAAAUGAAUAAAAAACGUCAAAAAUCAAACAAAUAUUCAGUCGAUUGUAUUGAUAAAUCUUCCAAAACUAUUGUUCACAUUCCGAUUUGUUAUUCAUCUUUUCGAAUCGAACAUUUAUGGUCAUAUUUUAUGGAACAAUGUGUUGAUUCAUCGCCAUUGAUUUUUCCAUUCAAUUCAAAUACAAUGAUGAUAUGUACAUCUCAUUCAGGAUUAAUCAAUGCUUUUUAUGAAGAUCAAAAAAAUCAUUACACAAUACAAUGGUCACAAAGAAUUACGAAUCGUAUCGAAGCAAAUCCCGUUGUCAGUACUGAUAAUAAUCUUGUCUUUGUUGGUGAUUAUUCGGGCUCAAUUCGAGCUUUUCAUUUGAAAUCUGGACGAAUAAUUUGGGAAUCAAAAACUGGUGAUCAAAUCAAAUGUUCACCAAUCUUAUUUUCGUCGGUUUCCAGUUUGAUUGGUGAAUUAAUUCUAUGCGGUUCUUUUGAUCAUAAUCUAUAUUGUUGGCAACAAUCAAACGGUUAUAUCCGAUGGAAAAUAAACGUAAAUCAAUCACCAAUUUUUAGUAGUCCAGUAAUUUGGUAUGAUCAAAAAUGUAAUGAUUGGUUUGUAGCUGUUUGUACAUUGAAUGGAACGAUUGGUUGUUAUCAUUUGAAUGGUGGUGAACAACGAUGGAAACGUAAUCAAUCUAAUCUGCCAAUUUUUUCAACACCAAAAAUUUUCAAAGAUAAUUUGAUUGUUGGAAUGAUCGAUUCAAGAUUGAUUGCCAUAUCAUUAUCAAAUGGUGAUCUAAAAUGGGAAUUGUGUAUGGAAAAAAGUCCAAUAUUUUCAUCACCAUGUCUAGUCCCAGAUGAUGAUGAUGAUGAAAAUAUUCGAAUCAUCAUUGGAACAAAUGGUUGUUCGAUUGUAUGUGCUCAAUUAAAUUCUACGCAACCUGAUUGGAUAUACAAAACUGAAUCGAAUGUUUAUGCCGAUAUUAUUUGCCUAUCCGAAUACAAACAUUUAUUAUUAGCAAUCGAAACAAAUGGAAAAAUUCAUCUCAUCAAUUUGAAUGAUAGACAAUCCGUUCCAAUCAAUGGUUUUAAUCAUUUUGAAGCCGAAAUAUUUUCCACACCAAUUUAUUAUGCUGAACAUCAAUCAUUAUUGAUUGGUUGUCGUGAUUCAUAUGUUCAUUGUUUAUCUCUUAAAGAAAUUGUUUAAUUAAUCGAUAUAUAUAAAACCAAAAGAAAAAAUUUUAAAAUAAAUAAAAAC